CUUCGUCUCCAUUCCAUUGCCAAACCAACUCAAUUCUCUCUCCUCUCAUACUCCGCUAGCUGGUCUAUAAUGGAUGCCCGCCGGCGACCCACCUCCGGGAAUCCCAUCCACUCCCGUAAAGUAAAAGCAUUGGAGGAUGAGAAUACCCAGAAGCCCUCCGAUGCACUGCCUCUCCAUAUCUACCUAACCAAUGCUCUCUGCUUCACCGUCUUCUUUUGGGUUGUUUAUUUUCUUCUUAGCCGCUGGCGUGAGAAGAUUCGCACCUCCGCCCCUCUGCAUGUUGUCACUCUCUCUGAAAUUGCUGCUAUUGUUGCUUUGUUUGCUUCCUUCAUUUACCUUCUUGGCUUCUUUGGUAUUGAUUUUGUUCAGUCCCUUAUCUUACGCCCUCCAACCGAUAUGUGGGCUGUGGAUGAUGAAGAGGAGGAGCCGGCGGAACAAAUUCUGCUCAAGGAAGAUGCCCGGAAAUCGCCAUGUGGGCAAGCUCUCGAUUGCUCUCUUACUGCACCACCACUAUCAAGGCCAAUUGUUUCUUCUUCAAAAGCAGUGGGCCCAAUUGUGCUUCCUUCUCCGAAGCCGAAAGUGGUCGAGGAAAUCUCAUUUCCAGCCAUCACUACCACCGCCACUUUGGGCGAGGAAGAUGAGGAGAUCAUCAAAUCUGUUGUGGCUGGAACUACCCCUUCGUAUUCCCUCGAGUCUAAAUUGGGGGAUUGCAAGCGUGCUGCUGCAAUCAGGCGGGAGGCCUUGCAGAGGAUAACUGGCAAAUCGCUUUCUGGGUUGCCUCUGGAGGGCUUUGAUUAUGAGUCAAUAUUGGGACAGUGCUGCGAGAUGCCCGUUGGGUAUGUCCAGAUUCCCGUUGGCAUUGCUGGACCUUUGUUGCUAGACGGUAAGGAAGUUUCGGUUCCCAUGGCUACCACUGAAGGGUGCUUGGUAGCCAGUACCAAUAGGGGCUGCAAGGCCAUUCACAUAUCUGGUGGAGCCACAAGCGUCGUGUUGAGGGAUGGGAUGACCAGGGCACCUGUUGUUAGGUUCGGGACGGCAAAAAGAGCAGCCCAAUUGAAGUUUUACUUGGAGGAUAGUGCCAAUUUUGAGACUUUGUCUACUGUGUUUAACAAAUCCAGCAGAUUUGGCAGGCUUCAAAGUAUUAGGUGCGCUAUUGCUGGAAAGAACCUGUACAUUAGAUUCUGUUGCGGCACUGGUGACGCUAUGGGCAUGAACAUGGUGUCUAAAGGUGUCCAGAAUGUAUUGGAUUUCCUCCAGAAUGAUUUCCCUGACAUGGAUGUUAUUGGCGUCUCUGGUAACUUCUGCUCGGAUAAGAAGCCUGCAGCUGUGAACUGGAUUGAAGGAAGGGGAAAGUCAGUAGCGUGCGAAGCCAUAAUCAAGGGUGAUGUGGUGAAGAAGGUGUUGAAGACGAAUGUGGAAGCCUUGGUGGAGCUUAAUAUGCUGAAGAAUCUAACUGGUUCUGCCCUGGCUGGAGCUCUAGGUGGGUUCAAUGCUCAUGCCAGUAACAUAGUGACUGCUAUCUACAUAGCGACAGGCCAAGAUCCUGCUCAGAACGUUGAGAGUUCUCACUGUAUCACCAUGAUGGAAGCUGUUAAUGAUGGGCAGGAUCUUCACGUCUCUGUGACAAUGCCUUCUAUUGAGGUUGGUACUGUUGGAGGAGGUACACAGCUUGCAUCCCAAUCAGCAUGCUUGAACCUGCUUGGGGUGAAGGGAGCAAGCAAAAAAACGCCAGGAGCUAACUCCAGGGUUUUAGCGUCCAUAGUUGCUGGCGCUGUUCUUGCUGGAGAGCUCUCUCUAAUGUCUGCAAUUGCCGCUGGACAACUUGUAAAGAGCCACAUGAAAUACAAUAGAGCCAACAAAGAUGCUGCUGUCUCCAAGCCUUCUAACUAAGAAGAAUCAAAUUUCUAAUAAUUGCUCUUUUGUAUACUCUUUUUACUUUGUCAUUUUUAAAUCAAAAUUUCCCUGUAAGAAAUAUUCUGCAAAUUCUGUAAAAUCAAUCAUAAAGUUUAGUAUUAUUCUAUAA